GGGACCCGAGAGGUGGAGUUUCGAACGAGAGUUUCCUCUCGAGUCAUUGCUUAAUGGUGGAGUAAUUGAGAUUGUCGUCUUUGAUUGUUCCUUCGCUUAGCUUCUGAAAUUUCAGAACGCGCUUUACCAUUCCUUUCUCUUCAAACUCUCUCUCUCUCACUCUAGAGGAGAGAGAAGGUUACCACAAUGGCCGAUCUCAUAGCCAAAGGACAGGAUCUCGAGAAGAAAGCAGAGAAGAAGAUCAGUGGUUGGACCUUAUUCGGCUCUAAAUACGAAGAUGCUGCUGAGUUGUUCGAGAAGUCUGCCAAUUCCUUCAAACUCGGAAAAUCUUGGGACAGAGCUGGCUCUGUAUUCAUCAAGUUGUCCAAGUGUCAUCUCAAGUUAGAAAGCAAACAUGAAGCUGCUGGUGCUUACGUGGAUGCUGCCCACUGCUACAAGAAAACAUCCACAAAAGGAGCCAUAUCAUGCUUAGAUCAAGCAGUUAGCCUCUAUACUGAGAUUGGUAGGCACAACAUGGCUGCGAGAUACUACAAGGAAAUUGGUGACUUAUAUGAACUUGAUCAAGACAUAGAGAAUGCCACUUUAUAUUUUGACAGGGCUGCUGAAUUUUUUGAACUUGCGAAUGCAACAACCUCUGCCAACCAGUGCAAAUUGAAAGUUGCACAGUUUUCUGCUCAACUUCAACAAUAUCAGAAGGCAAUAGAUAUAUUUGAAGAUAUUGCUCGACAGUCACUGAACAAUAAUUUACUAAAAUAUGGAGUUAGAGGACAUCUUCUUAAUGCUGGCCUUUGCCAGCUUUGUCGAGGUGAUAUUGUUGCAAUCACCAACUCCUUGGAGCGAUAUCAGGACUUGGACCCAACUUUCUCCAGAGUUCGUGAGUACAAAUUCUUAGGUGAUUUGGUAUCUGCAAUUGAUGAGGAAGAUGUUGCAAAAUUUACUGAAGUGGUCAAGGAAUUCGAUAGCAUAAUCCCACUGGAUUCUUGGAAGGCCGCCCUUUUACUGAGAGUAAAGGAAGCUCUGAAGGCAAAAGAAAUGGAGGAGGAUGAUUUGACUUGAAUGAAUUACUAUCGAAUUUCUUACCAAUUAAAGUAAUGUCAGCUUUGUAAAGGCCAGUGGUUAGGUUUCAGUUAUUUCUAUUGUUUGGUGGUUCCCUUAUCAUUUUAAACAGAAGAUCACAGGAAUAAGGUCUCUUGAAUUCUCUUCACAACCGCUUGAUGCGUGUAUGUAUAUAUAAAUUGAGAACAACAUUUCUUUGAACUCUGUCUCUCUGGUUGUAUCAUUUGUGUAUGGAACACCUCAGAUUUCCCCCUUUA